CGUCAUGACGGCGGCAGCCAAUCAGCGGCGAGGGGCGGGGUUGGCGCGGCGGACUCGGCGGCGGUUCCGGUCCCGGUCCCGGUUCGGCCAUGGCCCAACAUGGCGGCCCCGCCGUGCUCCCGGACAACCCCUUCCAGGACCCCGCCGUGGUGCAGCACCGGUCCGGUACCGACAGCGCGACGUUGGACGCUUAUAACCCGUUUGAGAACAGCGCGCCUCCGCCGUACCGUGAGGUUCCGCCGCCACAUGGAGGAGAACCGAGGAGACCGAGCCCAACCGAACCACGGAACUACGGCUCCUACGGGACACAGGCCUCAACCGCCGCCGCUACGGCCGAGCUGCUGAAACGGCAGGAGGAACUGAACCGGAAAGCGGAGGAAUUGGACCGGAGGGAACGGGAGCUGCAGAACGCCGCCAUGGGGGGGGGCGGCUCCGGCAGAGCCAACAAUUGGCCGCCGUUACCGUCGUUCUGCCCGGUCCAACCGUGUUUCUAUCACGACAUCACGGUGGAGAUACCGGCUGAUUUCCAAAGGACCGUCACGGCCAUGUACUACCUGUGGAUGGGUCCGUAA